ACGACGCGGGGAAGGGGAGGCGCGCAGCGCGCGUUCCGUGUCGCCCAUUGUUGUCCUCGUCGCGCGUAAUGGCCACCGCGGGCAUUCGUUAGCGCGUCGCACGGUACACCAUAUCGCAUCCCGGCCUAGCCCGAGCCACGGAUAACGCCGCGAGUCGCGUCCGGUUGCGAGAGCCCGCGUCCGGUUUUUAUGCCGUCGCCGCCGCCGCCGCCGCCGUUCGAAGCGCGGACAGAGUCCGAGCGAACGAGCUAGCGAACGAGGAAGCGGGAUAGAGCGGGUGAAAGGGAGCGACAGAGAGGAAACGACGUACGCGACGAGGAAGGAGCGGCAGCGGCCGCGCGCUUCGUACUCGCAGUCGCCGCAACCGCCACCGCGCCGCUCUACGCAGCCGACCAUGAUUUGCGCGGGCCGACGUUGACAAGCGUGUGACUCCGAAAGUGAUCAUUCGCGCGCGCUCCAAACCGCGUGCCGAAGCGCACGGAGCGCGUGGUUGGGCGAGCCAAGUCGAGCGCCGAUCCAAGCCAAGCCAAGGGUCCGGCGCCGAGCCAAGCCGAACCGAGGCGAACCGGACGAGGAGGUGAACGGAACGGAACUGUGCAAGUGAGCGAGCACCGAGCGCGCGCCGCACCGAUCGUCGCGAUUUUGGAUGACGCGGCCCCACGUCGGAAGCCGCCGCCGUCGCCGCCGCCGCCGCCGCCGUGAGUGUGAGGAAGCGUCCAUCGAAGCGCUUGGCGAAAUCGAACGCCAUUGAUUUCUCGCGCGGCUUCUACGGCGCGAUAAGAGCAUCGCGCGCGCAGUGGAAGAGCGCAUUCCUCUCGACCCGCUCUCUCACUCGUAGAUGCUGUACGUGAGCCGCGUCGUGGGCUACGGCGACGUGCACGCCCGCGCGUACUCGACGUACUCGAGCGCGCGAGGUCUUCGUGGUGCCCGCCGUGCGGAAGUUCGCGCCGCCACCGCCGCCGUCAUGGCAACUAGAGGAUCAUCGGUUACCGCUCGGCAGCCGGAGUAUUAACCCCGCGGCUCGUCGGACUAUUACACGGUCAAAGGCAAUACAUCAAUGGCCCUAGAAUCAAAUGGCAACAACGUGGUGUGGUUGAACACAACCCGUCCUGAUCAAAUACAGCAGAGUCAACCGAUCGAGCAGCCAUUGAAGUGUUCCAUGUUUACUCAAACAGAACAAACUAACAGUUUUACCCAGACGGAACAGAGCAAUUCGAGUUACGGAGAUCAGAGACAGCAGCAACCAGCAAUGUUUGACCCACAGCAAAUUCAGCAGCAGCAAGCUGCUGCGCAGGGUCAACAGUCGCAGCAGCAGCAGCAGACUCAGCAGAUGUACGUCACGCCGGACAAGAAGGAGGAUAAGUCUCAGCAGCAGCAACAGACGACUACUACCGAGUUCCCUCCCUCCUUCUACUACAACGUCAACAUGUUGCAGAAGGUUCAGACAAAUGCGGUGAGCACAAUCAGUGCAAUCACCGACGACAAAGGUUGUUACCGUUUCGAUGUUCAACCUGUCGGUUAUAAUACGUUGCUAAACCAGAUGAGCAUUGCCGCCGCUAAUGCGACCUUCAAGUGUGACAUUUGCGGCCUGGUCUUCGGCCACAUGAGCCUGCUCCAACAUCAUAAGCGGAUUCACAACUCGACGCCCAGCAAUUUGCAACAACAGCCACAGCAGAUUGUGGUGCAAACGCCGACAACAGUGACUGUCGCCACCACCCCGGACAGGCCGUACACCUGUGACGUUUGUGGAGCGUGUUUUGCAUUACCGGGAGAAUUAAAAAGUCACAAAACAAACAUGCAUCAAAAACCUAAGGUGCAAAUUUGUGAAGAUUGUGGCAGUGAGGACCCAUGCGAACAUCAUCCAACUAAAGUUAAAAAGACUAUCAAACCUGGUCAUCAUCCUGUGAAACGAAGGGGUGUCACCAGUGUCACCAAGUGUCACAAAUGCAACGGCACGGGGAUUAUUUUUAUUGGUAAACACGACGAAAAACUAGAUUCCGGAAUCAGUUCCCUCGCAAAGUGUGGCGGCUGCAAGGCUACAGGCCGCAUCGUCAUAGGAAGUGGCAAGCAAAACAGUCAAAAUCAGGCGGAAAAACCAUUUCACUGUAACGUUUGCGAUGGUACAUUUUCUCGAUAUUCUUCACUUUGGUCUCACAAAAGACUUCAUUCGGGAGACAAACCAUUCAAAUGUGAAGUCUGUGGUUUAGCCUUUGCAAAGGCUGCCUAUCUGAAAAAUCAUGGAAGAGUUCAUACGGGUGAAAAACCAUUCAAGUGCAACGUUUGCGGCAUGCAGUUUUCGCAGAGCCCGCACUUAAAGAAUCACGAGCGAAUUCAUUCCGGCGAGCGACCCUAUCAGUGUGAGGUUUGCGAAAAAACGUUUGCCAGACACUCAACGCUCUGGAAUCACAGGAGAAUUCACACCGGCGAGAAGCCAUAUAGAUGUAACAUCUGCGGUUCCGCCUUCAAUCAAGCUACGCAUCUCAAGAAUCACGCGAAAGUCCAUACUGGUGAAAAGCCGCAUAGGUGCGAUAUAUGCGAGAUUGGCUUUUCCGAUCGUUUCGCACUGAAGCGUCACCGUGCGAUCCACGAGAAGUACGGUCAGACCGCGCGAAACCAGAAUGCGAACAACCCGGCGAACGCACAGCAGGCCAACGCGAGUAGUCAGCAGCAGCAGUCGCAGCAGCAGCAGCAACCGCAGCAGGCACAACAAGGCCAAGUCGUGGUCGUAAAUGCGACUACUCCUGUCACCGUCAGCCAAGGGCAAGGCCAAGUUAUACUCGACGAGGUCUACAAGUGUCAGGUGGCCUUCCCAGAGCCUAAAUGAUUCAGCUAGAGAAUACCUUUCAGGAGCUGGUAAAGAGGUUAACUUUUAUAACCUUUUUUUAAAUAUUAAUCUCGAGAACGGCAAAAUCCAUGGAUAUAUGAUAGAAAGGAUAUGGAUUUUACUCUUGAAAGAGUCAAGUGAAUCCUGUAGGAGUGACUAAACGGCGCAUCUCUUUUUUCGCGUGUGUGUGUACGGCCACUGGGUGUACGGGAUUCUGUGAAGAAUAUUUAGCGACUGUCGAUAAAUUGGAUUUAGAUAUGGAUAAAGAUUUCAAGAAAAGAAACGAAAAAAGAAAAAAAAUAUAUGGACGGAAAGACUCUGCGUGAAGUUGCGCGAGUGAGAAAUUUCGUGAAAUGUAUCCUUGGAAGUUUAUUUCAUAAUAUACAAUUGGACGAUUUACAACCGCCAAGAUCAACGAAGUCUUUUUGUGUGAAGUAAUAGAGAAAUACGUCUACCUUUAUAUUUUGCCAUUCGGAAAAAGUGAAAGAACAAUUUAAUCGUAUCGCGGCAUACAUUUCGUAUAUAAUAGUUUUCUAAAAUAAAACGGAAAAUGUAAUAAUAAUCGUAUCAUUCUUUCUUACAUAUGUGUAAUAAUCGUUAAUUUGUCCAUGAGAACAAAAUUGCUAGACGUCUUGCCAGUAUUUCAUGAUUUCAUGAAUGGCAUUGUGCAAUAGUUCCGACAAAUAUUGCGAUUAGCCCGAUGAUAAAGUGUACUUUCGAAUGAUUGUAACAACGGAGGAUUGCGGCGGCAUGUGUUUCGGUAAUGUAAAGCGCAAGUAUAAGGUAUCGAGUAUUUUUCUCUUUUUUUUUUUUUUUUUUUUAACAAAUCGAAAAUAGUUGAGAGAUGUCCAAACCUCGGCCCUUCCGAUUUUUCUCGAUAUCAGCAGAGGAUAGAUUGUCAAUGUUUAAAAUUUAUAUACCUACAAGGUAGAAAAUAUCUAUUUAAUUUCGACCGCAUAAAUUAUUUAUCUGACAAAUGAUGAACGCGUGAGUAAGCAUGUAAUCGACGAGCAGAGAAUUCUGCAUAACGCCCGGGAAAUUUUGUACUUGCGGAUAGUGUGCGGAACGGAACGACAUCGCGAUUUGUGCGAGCCCUCUUCCGUCCAGUCAUUCGAGAUCAGAAAGCAUCGCAUCACUAAGAUGAUGACAACGAUCAUGAUGAAAGGCGGCGAAGGAGUAGUGCGGCAUACCUAUAUAACUUGCUGGGGCUGCAAUAAUAAUAGCGAAUAUCGACGGGCAAACUAAACCGUUUUAUAAUUUUAAGAGGCCGCGAACUAUAUGAGUAUAUUAUAACUGAUGAAUAGUUGCUAGUUUGUAACAAGUAGCCGAGCUAGAUUAUAUAUAUAUAUAUAUAUACAUAUAAAUAUAAAUAUAUAUAUGUAUACAUUAAUUUUUAUAUCCCCACUUGUUAAAGCGAUCCCGCACCGUCGCUACUUUAAGUAUCAAUGAUCACCAAACGAAUAGAUUGUACAUUGAUAGCUCCAUACAUUCACGAUUGGUGACUUGUGUGCUACACAGUAUCUUAUCUUCGAAGUUAUUAUUUGGAUACCUUCCCGAGAAUGUUCUUGCAACUGUUACGCAAUUUCAACCGCGCGGAUAUUUCUUUUUACUGUUAUUUCAUUAUUUUUUUGCAUCUUUAUUUGUGAACUCGUCAUUCGAGCUACUAUCGAACAACGUCUCUUCUCUUUCUUUUUUGUAUAAUUUUAAAAGAUUUUAUAAUGCAAAUUGUGCGAAGGAGACAGAUAUAAACAUAAACGGCUUGAGGGUGUCCCAAAUAAUUCUUUUUACACGAAAUUGAUCUACUACGGAGUAUUACGAGACGAUCAGUCUACGUGAUUGCCAAUAAAUUCGACUUUCGCACGGAAUCCGGAAUUGGGGAUAUUUCUCUGUUUUACUAAUUAACUUGUAAAAUAAAGGUACGCAAUUACAUAAUUUUACUUUUAUAUGAUAGCAAUACCUGUUACAGUAUUUUCGAUUAGGCUAGCCUCUUCAUGCUGGAUUACCUAUCCUCGUUUUCGGUUUUUCGGGAUUAGAAUAGAGCUGUCUAAGCCGUGAUUCACCCGCAAUUAAUUUUAUAGCUCGUUUAUCACCCCUUCGUGUUGCAACAUUGCCGCGUUUGUAACUUUUGCGAAAUUGUAGGAAAGAUGGCAAAUAGUCUUGCUACGUAAUGGCUUAGAUAAGCUCCAAUAAAUACGGUUAAAGACGGAGAAACUAGUGGUGAUAUACGCGCUCGAAGUCGAACUGUCGGGGAGUCACAGAUUAGAUACACCUAAGUUAAAAUAUGAAUCAUAGUCAGCACGUAAUGCAGCAUCGUAAGUUUUAUCACGAAACGGCAAUACUUGGUUCUCUCUUUCUGUAUUGCGAAAAAAAGAAAUUCCGUUUCAAAUCGACGCAUGAAUCCAUCUUCUAUUUCGAUUAUGAUCACGAGGAUGUAAAACAGAAUAAAGAUAUCUUCGAUCCUAACACUUAGUACAUUCUGCACAGGAGCGACGUUUCUUCUUUUUCUCUUAACGUUUGUUCAGAGAGAACCCAUCCUGAUAGGUAGUUUUUAUCGAAGCGGGAACGUCACACUUCAGUAUUCUGUAUAUUUACUAGAGUAGGCGCAGAUUAUUCGAUUGUGUUUCAUUGCAGACAGUAUUAUUAAUUGUCAUGCCUUUUUUCGGGGUGGUACAUACAUACACACCAAACAAACGAACAACGAACAUGAAAAAAUUUUCAAUCAACAAAAUAAAUUUAAUUAGAAUCCAUUCCGAAAAGUUCCACAAUGUUCCCAGGGCACGUAUUAUGAAACUUUUCGGAAUGGAUUCCGAUCGGAAUUGUUCAGUUAUUUCUCAGAUUUCUAUUGUCUCUUCUAGGGAAAACGGAAUAAUUCCAAUCGGAAUCUUCGCGCGGUCGAACAAUUCGACAAAAAUUUGCAUUUGCUGUUAAAAUUUAAAGAAUUCGUUGCUUGUUUGUUCGUUGCGCAUACACUCUUACCCGCGGACGAUUUAUGAACUUUAAAAAAAGUAACGCGAAUAGGGUGACAAUAAAGCGACUCUUGUACGUUUCACAAUCAUGUCCUUGUAAGAUUAGAAGAAAAUGCGCAGUAUUGUCGUACAAUACACGCUUAGCUGUUAAAUUAGACGCAGGGAUUUUUUUUUCGAAAUAUCUCAAAUCUCCGUGAUUCAUCCGAUCCGACCAGUAAAAGAAAUUAUUUUAGUUCGUUCAUGUUUAUUUUUGUGCGACGGUCGAAAGUUGAAUAACAUUCAACGAUAAUUGACGUGCGUGAACGUCUGAUAUACAUAUGUUUUAUAUCAUUUUGUCUUAUCGACUUUUUAGUAUUUUCUCUCAAAUAAAUUUCGCAUGUUUAUAUAUUAAUUUUAUAAAUUUACAAAACUGGGAAAUUGUCUACAGUUUUAUUGCGUUGUAGAAAUUUUGAAUAUGAUCGAACGUUUGUGUACAGAAGCACAGUUAUAUCUACGUCCACCUGCAGAUACAAGAUUAUGAACUACGAUUAAAAAUAUUUCAAAACCGAAUAGGAGGGCUCUAAUCGGCGUCGCGGAAUAACAUGAUGUAAAACAAAAAAAUAUACAAGACUAAUAAGAAUCACGGCGCGAUUGAUAGCGGCAAUAUGAGCGAUGUUCUCGACACGAUGCGUUUUCAAUUAAUAUUCACGUGAAACCUAUUUUUGGGGGAAAAAGUCUCUAUUUUGAUUACAUCGCUAACUCUAUUGAAACUGUGAUUAGACGGUCAAAUUUACGGUAGUAACACGGCUUAAAUAAGCGUCCACAUCAAAACUUAAGACAAAUACUCUUAGAACUGUUCACGAACGAAUACUUUGCGUUGACGAGCGCGCGGACGAAACCAUACUUUUGUACACUUAUACCUGCGUUGAAAAACUCCUAAUUAAGGAGUCGAGAAGAAUUGUGAAAAUCGCAAGAUAACCAAAGCGAGGUGUAUGAAUGUAAUUACGAAUUGUUAGCGCGACUCGAAUCAGUACUUCUAAGUAACUUGUCGAGAAUUGCUGCAGCAGAUACGGCGCUGCGUCCCAAAAUGUGUUAUUACUUCAUUAUCACGUUUAAAUAUUUUUUUGCAGAUCUAUUAGUCCGAUCCGGUUUUUAUUUCGCACGUUCAGAUUACGAUUGCGACAUGGCGGAAAUAAUCGUGCGAAGAGAGAGAAGCGAUUUUGAGCGGUGUGUCUUCCCGCAGCAAUUCCAUGCUCCGAGAUAUUUCGUAGGUGAGGAACUCGCAGAGCUUCCGUUUGAAUCAAAAUCGUCUGGAAGCGUCUUCCUUAAUCUCAGUGUACUCUGAUUUGCCGAGAUUUCGCGAUUUCGUUAUACAUACGCAUCCGUGAAACGAAGCCCCAUGCCUGAGAGGUCCCGGAAAUAGUUUUUCACCGCUAUUUCGUCACUAUUCUCGUGCAUCCGUAUAUUCCGUAUCGAGUGCAAUUCAUCAAGCGUAUCGAACGAACGAGCGGCUCGCCGAGGUACGACUAUAAUUUUGCACUGUUUAAGGGUCGAGGUUUCGGAACGGUGAUUACGAAACCGUAUUGUUUCUCCGACAAUGUAACUUGCGUUCCCGGAAGAAUAUCACGUACGGAUCCCUGAAAUCCCUUCAGAUAAACAUCCGACCCUCCCAACGUGGAACUCUUAAUGGCCUGAAAACGUCAACCGUUUUGCGCUUACUGUAAUUUUGUAUUUACGCAGAGAAGAGGCGUUAACGCGCAUCCGCGCCGAAUUUGUAUAUUUCCAUUUGCCGAAGCGUACUAUUUUUUUAAUUGUAGCAUCUUACUGUCCUAUAUAUCCAACUCGAUGUAAUUAACUAUCAUUUUGACGCAUUCAUCAUGUACGAAUGAAGGAGGUCACACCACGUGCGGAUUGAUUUGUCACGCUCCUUCGCUGGAUUAAUUUACGAUAUAUAUAUAUAUAUAUAUAUAUAUAUAAACGAUAGUGGUGAUUUUUUUAUAAUAAAAUACGUUCCUAAUGAAUUAUCUGUUCUUUAUAUGUCGUACAAAUAAGCGUAACGAUAUUCUGUAAAGGCGAUAUUCUGAUACCGAAUACUGUGGAUGUCGUUACCUGCUGAGCGACAAAAUUUAAAUUAGGAUUAAACGGCCUCUCGUAACGUAAGGAAGACUUAAAAAAAGGGGGAAGAGAAGUUUGCAAUUUUUUUAAGCUAAUUGACGCAUUUAUCGCGCGUAUACGAUGACACGUGUGGGCUUAACUUUUUAUUCACUCUACCCGAUCGAAGAACAUUUUGAUAAUUGUAAAAAGAAAAGGAAGAGAGGAGAAGAACUGUCGCGAUCCGCACAUCCUUACAAAGUAAAGUGGAAAGGAAAUGUGCUAUUAGAAUACCAUUGCUACGAUCCACCCUGUGUCGGUACUUUCUAUCGUUAGUUUUACGGGAAUGCUGGAUACCAACACGUCUUCUUUUUAACCCCCGCCUCCACUCGAAUCAUUUAAUUCGACUAUUUUGUAGUAAGACGGCGAUGUACGCAAAGGGAUGUAUCUAUAAUACGUUACUUUGAUGUAAGUUAAAGGUCAUCUCGCAUUAUUAUGCUCUAUCUCUAUAUUCCUGUCUCUUUCUUUGACCCACCCCAAUCAUGAGUUCUCAAAAUUCGCAAACGAGAGGAAUCGCUUCCUUUGCCAUCAAUUGUUUCGUUUAUCGCGGCCACGAACCGGAACUCGGUGGACUCUUGUUCGCCCGGAAUAUUGUUGAAAAAAGUUAAAAGGUAAUGCAACAUUCAUUGCGGCUAUUCAGUAUCAAGUUUUCACGGGCAACCUAAAAAAAUGUUUUAGAAAAUAGAAUAAAAACUCAAAUUAAUUUUAUCAGAAUUUUACCAGGUUUUGAAGAAACUCAAUCUGGAGUGCCGUCUAGAAAAUUAAGACGCUUUUUGGGCGGCUCUUACGCAUCUUUUUGAUUCCGAUUGAAGAACCUCUCGCUCCUCCAAACGAUUAAGUGUUUUCCACCUGAAAAUAGGCCGAGUAAAUUGAUUCCGGAUAACGGAGAGUCUGCUGCGAGUUACGGCCGUCACCGAUAAGCUCGUUUUACUUACUUAUAUGAGGGGGCAGAAAGGAGGAAAAAGAAGUCGUAAGAAAAGACGUCACUUUUAGAUUAGUCUACUGUCAAUAUACCUAGAACGGUAAUUUUGAAUGUAACGUGUAUCAUACUUGAUUAUCCGCUUAGAUAACGUGCAAACCGUACCGAAUAAAGAAAACUAGCGCAUGAUUAUAUCAGAUCUUAGGUGAUAACAAUAAAUGAUGUCCGAUAUGGACAUUUUCAUUUUU